AUCGUGGGAGGAAAACAAAGCCAAAUAUAUCGAAAAUGUAAUUAUUUCAAGUCUUCAGUACUGUAUAUUUGCAUUCUGAACAUAACCUGCACUCGUUUGUUCGAUUAGUUAACCGUUUUCCGGCAUCGGAUUCCGUUUUGAGAGGUUGUUUAUCAGUAGUAGGGGGAACUUGAAACCGCUCUUGUCCCAUUUCCUCGGUUGUUUUGCUUUUUUCUCCUGGAUUCUCCAUGUUGGAGCAAUAGCGAGGUCUUUCACAGUGUCACUAGCAAGUGGAGCUACCGUUCAAUUACUUUUUUUACAUCCUGUUACAUAUAUGUGGCGGAAAAGGUAGCCAGUAUUAAGCAACAAAAACAGCUAGUGAAUACGUUUCGUCCGUUGCAACUUGGAGGAAGCGAAGAAAAACAAUUUGCUUUUUGGAUUAUAGCGAAAGAGAAGACCACAACGGCUUGCCUCAAGCGCGAGAGCUAACAGCUAGCUAGCUGAAUGUUGAAAGUGCCUGUGACUGGGGGGAACGGAUUGGAUUUAGAGGGGCUGCGCAUUUGUUAGAUGGAAAGUUCUAUCAUCACUCAAGUGCAAAAAGAAGAUACUCAGCUACCGUCCAAGACAGGCCAGGUGAGCAAAUCUUCCCCCAAAAAGCCUCGGAGCCGGAAUAUCUUCAAAGCGCUCUUCUGUUGCCUCCGAGCACAGGAUGUCCCCCAGUCUCCUCCCCCUUCCCAGGAUACUUUGCUGCCUCCUGAGGACAAUGGGACAAUCGCCAAGUAUGAUCUGCUCCAAACUCUUCGCUACCAGUAUCACCAAAUCCCAGGGACCUGCUUGCUACCCGAGGUGACCCCUCAGGACCAGGGCAAGAUCUGCGUGGUCAUCGACCUGGACGAGACUCUGGUGCACAGCUCCUUCAAGCCAAUCAGUAAUGCUGAUUUCAUUGUACCUGUGGAGAUUGAGGGGACGACGCACCAGGUCUAUGUUCUGAAGAGACCUCACGUAGAUGAGUUUCUGCAGAGAAUGGGGGAAAUGUUUGAGUGUGUCCUUUUCACUGCCAGUCUAGCCAAGUAUGCAGAUCCGGUAACGGAUCUGCUGGACCAGUGUGGGGUCUUCCGGGCCCGUCUCUUCCGGGAGUCCUGCGUCUUCCACCAGGGCUGUUAUGUUAAGGACCUGAGCCGCCUGGGCCGGGAUCUCAACAGGAUCCUCAUCCUGGACAACUCCCCCGCCUCUUACAUCUUCCACCCCGAGAAUGCUGUGCCUGUGGUGUCCUGGUUUGACGACCUAGAGGACACAGAACUGCUGAACCUGCUGCCCGCGUUUGAGGAGCUGAGUGAUGCGGAUGAUGUCUACGCCAAACUAAAGCAGCUGCGUGAACCCUGAUCAAACACUCGCACCUGUGCACCCGACCCGUCUGAAUGAUGCCUGCCCACACACACAUUAGUUUGCACACACAAAAAAAAAAAAAACAUGUAUGCAUAGAGGCAACACUAAGGAUACACAAAGCCAAACACAGACAGACACAUCAGUAUACACACAUACACUGAGGGCACAUAUAAACACAUACACACACACACACACACACACACACACACAUGCGCAAACACAGAAAAUCUCCCCCAAAGACUGCCCAUGCUGUGCCUGGUGCUUUCAGUUCCAGAAGCGGUAACAAUCGGACAGGUUGUCACUAAUAAAGAGCACUGCAGCCCCUCCCCCACAGUCACACACACACACACACGGUUGCGUACAUGCACACAUUUAAAUACAUACACACACUCCUACUUGGAGGAAGCAACCCCUCUAUCCCUUUUCCUCCCCUCCUCCAAAUGAACCUUAUAUUCAUAUAGCACUAAUCCACAACACCACGACCCUUCUUUCCCCUGAACGUGACUGGUGACUCUCUUACUGUAUGAACGUUACCCAUGCCAAAUCUCUCCCACAGACCUUCACUCUGCAACUCUCCAAUAGGAACGCACAGUCCCUAAUAACCCAGUACCCUCAUCGAUGUAUGCCAACUGGCACCGAGCAACAUUGUUUAAAGACUUCCUGUUAGAAAAGCAAAAUACUGCUCUAGUUUCCCUUGGGAAAUCUUAUCUUCAGGAAACGCCCUCAAUGCUGAACCACGGGCGCCCGAGACCCAAGCAACUUGACCGAGCACGACACUCAACGAAAAAGACACAGUGACCUACGACCAGACCUUUAUUCGGGAGCUUGGAGUCUCCAUCAUCGUGCCUUUUUUUUUUAGAGGAAAAAAAAAGCAAAGAGGACAAAUUUUAAAGGAAAGAAGAAAAAAAAGCUUUGUUCCUAAAAGAGAUGGUUGUUCUUUUUCAAUAGUUAGUUUUUUUCUAUAUACGUUUUCUAAAUGUCUUUUGAUGUUCUCUAUGUUAAAAAAAAUAUAGAUAUUUUUUGUAUUUUUUUUUCUGAUGUUGAGGAAGAACAGCCAUACAAUUUGAUAGCCUCUCUUCCUGGUUGUAUCUGUCUAAAAAAAAAAAAAAAAAGAAAACCUCAGUGUUUUUUGCCAGUGGUGACAUCAUCCUCAGCCAAUAGGGACCAUCGCAAUCAGUUCCUUUUCUAAGACCACUCUCUCAGUGUGUUCUGGUAGUUUUAUACCUUUCACUUUGCCUAGAUAUGCAAAUCUACCUGUCACACCUUUUCAAUUCAGUCUUUCUCAAGCAUUUUUUGGCCUUUAUCCAAUUCACCUAUUCGUAGGCCUUAAUUAUUUUGAGAUCCUACUGGGAAUUAGACUUAAAUUUGCCAUUGACGCAUUGCAACCACAGUAUUCAAGUAUGUAUCUUAGAUGGCUGUUCUGAGCAAUCUGAUUUUAUUUUAGGGUUGGGUGUAGAUGGUUGUUAAAACUUAGUGCUAUGCAUAUGGGUGUAAUUCUGCCACCCAAACCCCGCUAAACCAAACGUGGAUCUUUAUCAUUACUUUCUACCAAGUCAGCAUUUAACUGUAAAGUAUUGCUUAUUUGAAAAAAAGAAGAAGAAAAAAAGCAACCUUUAAGAAUAGAAUUACAAAUUGUAGUAGGGCAGGAAAAUUAAUUUGCGUAACAGCAUAUUAAAGCGAAGGACCUGUUUGUUUCUCCGUUCGGAGAAGGUGCCUGGUUGGUUUUGGUGGAUGUGAGAACAUCCGAGCUUGAAAGUAUGUUCAGCCCAGGCAAGCCCCAUCUGCUGCAUUUCUCUUUGUCAUUGUUGUGUUGUUCUUUCUCUUGCAUUCUUGUUUUUUUUUUUGUUUGUUUUGUUUUGUUUGCCAAAAGCCUCAAUAUUGUUCUUAAUACCCAAAUGAAGUGCCUUGACUGUGCACAAUUGGACUCUUUCUCCACUCCUAAAUCUUUUGUUUUCUUUUACCAUCAGAUUUAGUGUAUUUUUGUGGACUUGUACGCUGCAUAUUCAAGCAAAUGAAUCGCUCCAUAAAAUAAUUCUUUCCAAAGUGAUAAA